AUGAAGAAGUUACUGGUUACUUUCUGUUUGCUAUUUCCGCUUUUAGAAUCGGGGCAAUUAAUGAGUUCUCGAAACAAAGUUUUAUCCAGGAAAAGGAGAUAUUUGACUUUUCCCGAAGGUGCUAGCGUUUCGACAGCCGUGUGUAUGACGUCUCAGCUUUGGGUAAAUCCACCAGGUAUAUUUACCGAAAGUAUAGCUUGGGGUUUUGCGUAUGAUUUGCCUAACGAUACAAAGUCCAUUGGAAGCUUCUUAGGACCUAAAUUUCUUGCAAAGAGACGCCACAGAAGAGAUCUUUAUGGAAAAAUGGAAACAAUAAUGGAAUCUAUGGGCUACAACGGCCGUACUUGUAUUUUACGAACAUUGUGUGAAGCGUCCCAAAGAUUUGCUCCAAAAGAAGAUAAUCUUCUAAACUUCAUUUUAAAGCUAAUUUUCAAAUACCCCAAAGAGCGGAUUCUCCCCUCCGAACCGGAAGAACACCGCAUUUACCACUUGGCGGGACAAAUGGGAAGGGAAAGUCACGACUGCACCGAAAUAUUUAAUUGUCCCUUUUCAUUAAUUGACGUCGCUCUUGGUCGCUACUCAGAUUAUUUAUUGAAUUAA